AUGGGCAUAGACACGUUUGGCACGGGAAAACUCAGUUCAAAAGUUCCUACGUCGUUGGGUUUAAGAGGACACUUUUGGGCUUUUCCAACAAGAUUGUCACAUCCAUUGAUGUUUAAAUUUUUAUAUUCAACCCAAAAUCUCAAUAAUUUAAAUCUAGCCACUGGUUUUAAUGUUGAAGUCCCACUGAGCGUUAACGUUGUAUCCGGUGUAAAUUGGACACGGAAAAUAAUCACAGUUCUCGAUGUACAAAUUUUCUGGUUCCGGUGCACCUUCACAGAUAAUAAAGUAAUUAUCCUGCUUGAACACCUGGACGUUCUUAUCAAGUUAAAGAUAAUCUUAAGUAAAUUAACUACUCAUUUUUCCAAGAGGGCAUUUUUACAAAUUUUUCGAUCAACCAAUCUCGUAUCUCCGUAG